AUGACAGAGGCCGUAGCCCCUUCAGACCCAAACGACAACCCUCCUAUGACCCACCAGUCCAAGAAGAAACGUGUAGAAGACCAGCCUCUUUCCCCAGACAUCGGUCUCAAGCCUGUUCAACUCCAGCGCAGGCGGGUAUGGAGAGCAUGUGAAUCAUGCAGGCGGAAGAAGAUUAAAUGCGACGGGAACGAGCCAACGUGCUCUCAAUGUGCUGCGUCCAAGUCACAAUGCACUUGGUUACAGACAAAGGAUCGGGCUGCGUUAAGCAGACAUUACGUCCAGGAGUUAGAGGCCCGCCUCCUCCACAUGGAGUCGCUCUUCCACCAGGUUGCCCCCAUCCUCGAGCAGGUCGGCGAAGCCAGUGGCCUCGAUCUCUCCUGUCUCCCACCCUCAAUAGCCCCUUCGCAAUCCGGUGCCCCCACGAUUCCCCUAAAUGUCCUGCAGUCCGUCCUCCCGAAAGUCAAGGAGGUCGCCCAGAACAGCGCCGCUGCGGACGGCUCGGCAGCCGAUACCCCGAUCAAGGUCGAGGACGACGUCUCGGAGUCUUUCGGUCAGCUCGCCCUCGACGAGCACGGACAUAUGCACUGGAUCGGCGGCUCGUCGACCAUGUCGCUCAUUCAGUCGUUUCGGGCCAUGACCUCGUCUCCACUCCACCGUGUUUCCCCCAUGGAGGAGGAUCCCCUGGCGCCGGGCCCCAGCGUCAACAAGCUCUACUUUCCUGCCUCGGUGUUCUUCGGGAAGGUGCAUGCACUGCCCCGCCCGGAGGAGGUCGAAUAUCCCGACCGUGACCUCGCGGACAAGCUGGUCGAUGCCUACUUUGCCAAGUUCCACUUUCUGAUGCCCGUCAUCGACAAGCCCUCAUUCGUGCUCAAGUACAAGUACCUCAUGGAGCAUACUAACGAUCCACUUCUGGCGCGGACGCAGACCGCGUUCAUUGCGCUUGUUUGCGCAGUCUUCGCAGUCGCAGCCCGUUUCGUGGACGACCCCCGGUUAUCGAAGUUCGAGAAUCUCGAUGCAGCAGGGAUGGGCAUGGUGUAUUACGAACGCGCACUUAUUCUGCACUAUAUUAGCCAUGCCUCGACGCAGAUUGAGCAUGUGCAAUGUUUCUUACUCCUGUCCUCCUUCCUGUGUUCCGUAAACUGCCUGCCACAGGCUUGGCUGCUCGUCGGCCAGGCUGUGCGGGCCGCGCAGGACAUCGGUCUGCACCGAUCACCCCGCCGGCUCUUGAUCAAGCCAAUCGAGAAGGAGACUCGUCGGAAGAUCUGGUGGGGCGUGUACACCCUCGAUCGAAUGCUUGCGCUCGCCUUGGGCCGGCCGCUCGCUAUUGAGGACGCCGACUGCGACGUCGAACUUCCCGUGGAUAUCGACGACGAUCACCUCCCGGAUUAUUUCGCAGGCGCCCAGAUGUCGCGAUUGAGCCCGUCGCUCAUGAAAGGCUUCAUAGAGCUCACACUGCUUUACCGCAUCGGUGGACAGGUCCUACGGCAGGUGUAUGCGCUCGACAAGUGCAGGGACCACCUUGAGCCUGAGAAGCGUGCGGAGCUGUCGCGUGCCGUGGAUACGCUCGACAAGAGGCUCAUCAAGUGGUGCGAUGACCUGCCCGCGGCCUUCAAGUCGAGGCCGGUCAAUGAGAGGGAGGUAUCGAUGGGCGCGGUCCUAUGCAGCCACUAUUACUCCAUCCUCACCACCCUCCACCGCAAUUUCCUGCCGCUGAAGCGCGACCAGCCGGUGUCGCCGCGGUCGACGGCCAAGGCCGUCUCCACUGCGCGCGCAUGCAUCCGGCUCGCGCCUUCAAUCAAGAGCGUCGUCCCGCCAAGCCACCACCUCGCGUUCUUCAUCCAGAAUCUCUUCAGCUCCGCUGUCAUAAUCCUCCUGUACGCGAUGCACUCCGUCGACCCCGCUGCGUCCACCGCGGCGAUGGACGAGGUCGCAAACUGCCUUUCCGUCCUCGGUUCGUGGGAAGGUCACUGGCCCGGGGCACGCAAGUGUAAGGAGCUGCUCGAGGACCUCGCCGCGACUGCGCGCGAGGCAAUCAAGACCUCGGCGAGUGGCCAGAGCAGGGGUGCGGGCUCGGGCUCGUCUUCCUCGGCUUCCCCGUCGUCUGUUAUGUCGGAUGGGUGGCCGCCGGGCCAGAUUCCACUCCCCGUGCCCGAGAGGCUGAUGAAGCACAGGCGCCGGAGGAACAGCUCGCGAGAUGUACGUGACCUGCGGUUGUCGUCGCCCCAUCAGAGUUCGUCGGCGAUGCAAUUCCGGUCAGAUUCACAGCGCGCACGGUCGACAUCUCGCAAGCGACCGCACGACGACGACGGCCUGGACGGCAGCGCUUACGUCCUGCCGAGCUCAUAUCCCGGUCGCUCAAGCUUCUUCAGCGCACACAGUUCGCCCGCGUCCGUCAACAGCCAACCGUCUCCUUCUGGCGCGACCGUCGACUUUCCCCAAGAUCCCAGCCCGCGGAUAGUGGCGAGCAAUUCGUACGGCUCGCUCAACCCGACCUCGCCCUCGGUCGCGACGCCUUCGCAGCCACGGUUCGACUACGAUUUCACGCAGGACCGCUGGGGCGUGCAGGCUGGCGAGGCGAACGGGCUCAAGUUUUUCCCCUCGGGCGCAGGCGCAGGCGCGCAGAACACGUAUCCGGCGUUCGCGCCGCCGCCGCCGCAGUCGCCCGCGGACCCGGCGUUCGGCUACACGUAUGAUGCGAACGGGGCGGACCCCGCGAUGGGCGUGUUUGGGCUGUCGGGCACCCCGCCGUCGUCGGGCUUCGCUGCGCCCGGGCUGCCGUUCCGCGGGCUCGAUUAUAUUCGGAAUUUCAACCCCGGAUACAGUAAUGGCGAGCAGGACCAGCUGUGGCAUACGUUCGAUCCCGGCGCGUUUGGGUACGAUCCCGAGAUACCGUUUACCCUUGGAGAUAUCCCGGCAGAGGGGCGGUGGCCCGACGUGCAGUGA